AUGCUGGCACGCUCUCACCGCAGUCUACACGCCCUGCCGUGCACGAGGCGCGUCUUGGGCGCGCAGAUCCGCAGUCCUCUAUCGCAACAAGCUGUUCGGCGCAAGUCGGGGCCGUACGGCUACACCCAGGCCAAGGCUCUUGUCUUUUCCCAGAAUGGAGAGCCAUCCGAGGUGCUAAAGCUACACACGCAUUCCAUCUCUCCCUCGCUCCCCAAACGAUCCGUCCUGCUGCGGGCUCUCGCCGCUCCCAUCAACCCUGCCGACAUCAACACCAUACAGGGCACCUAUGGCUCGCAGCCGAGCUUCACGUCCCUCAUAGGCACGUCCAGCCCGUCGGCGAUUCCCGGAAACGAAGGCGUCUUCGAGGUCGUUGCGACGGGCGAUUCGUCAUUGCCCGUUCACAAGGGGGACUGGGUCGUGCCGGCCGUUGCCCAGUUCGGCACAUGGAGGACGCACGCCGUCGCGGACGUCGACGAGGUGCUCAAGAUCAACAAGGAGGGGCUGCGGGCGACGCAGGCGGCGACCAUCUCCGUCAACCCCAGCACGGCGUAUCGCAUCCUGAGGGCGUACGGCCCCAGCGCUGGAAUCAGCGCCGGGCUCGGGAUGCGGCCGCUGGAGGUGGGCAGCGGCCAGUGGUUCAUCCAGAACGGGGCCAACUCGGGCGUCGGGAGGGCUGCCAUACAGCUCGGCAGGCUCUGGGGGCUGCGGAGCAUCAACGUGAUCCGGGAGCGCGAGUCGGAGCAAGAGACCGAGUCCCUCAGGGCUGAGCUGACCGAGCUCGGUGCCGAUGUGGUCGUCACGGAAAAGCAGUUCUUGUCGCGGGAGUGGAAGGACCAGUUGGCGGAAAUCACAAACAAGGGCCGCGAGCACAUCGGGCUAGGCCUCAACUGCGUCGGCGGCAAGUCUGCCACGGCUGUCGCUCGCUCGCUGAGCGAGAGCGGCACAAUGGUCUCGUACGGCGGCAUGGCCAGGCAGCCAAUUGCCCUUCCCGUCGGCUUGCUCAUAUUCAAGGACAUCCGCGUCGUUGGAUUCUGGCUCUCGCGGUGGAACCAGCAGGAUGCCGCUGGGCGGAAGCACAUGAUUGACUACAUCGUAGACCUGAUUCGUGAAGGCAAACUGCGGGACGUUCCCCUGCGUGAAGUGGCUUGGAACUGGGAGACUGAUGCUUCAGUUUUGGCACAAGAAGUGCAGGGUGGGCUCAAGGGAUUCAAAGGGGGCAAGGGCAUCUUCGUCUUUGGCGAUACAUGA